AUGAGGGCGGUCGCGAGCGACAUGGCGGCGCCCGCGGCGCUGCCGCUGCUGCUGCUCGGGGCGGCGGCGGCGGCCGCGGGCUGCGGGUACCAGUCGUGCCCCCCGGCGCGGCCCGGGCUGCUGCACGUGCACCUGGUGCCCCACACGCACGACGACGUGGGCUGGCUCAAGACCGUCGAGCAGUACUACUACGGAGCGCGCAACGAGCUGCAGCACGCGGGCGUGCAGUACAUCCUGGACUCGGUGGUGGCCGAGCUGGCGGCCGACCCGGCCAAGCGCUUCGUCUACGCCGAGGUGGCCUUCCUGGCGCGCUGGUGGCGGCAGCAGGACGUGGCCACGCGCCGCCUCGUGCGCCAGCUCGUCGAGCAGGGGCGGCUGGAGCUGGUGCUGGGCGGCUGGUGCAUGAGCGAUGAGGGCGCCGCGCACUACGGCGCCGUGCUGGAGCAGCUGGCGCUGGGGCGGCGCUUCCUGCGGCGGGCCCUGGGGCGCUGCGGGACGCCCCGCGCCGCCUGGCAGCUCGACCCCUUCGGGCACGCGCGCGAGCACGCCGCCAUCUUCGCACAGCAAGCCAACGGCAGCCGCGUCCACGUGCUCUACUCGACGCCCUCGUGCUACCUGUGGGCGCUGCAUCGCGCCAACCUGUCCUGGACUGUCAAGACGGACGACUUCUUCCCCUACUCGGACGGGCCGCACCAGUUCUGGACGGGCUACUUCACGAGCCGGCCGGCCCUCAAGCGCUACGAGCGGCUCAGCUACAGCUUCAUGCAGGUCUGCAACCAGCUGGAGGCCGUGGCGGCGCGGGCGGCGCGGGACGGCCCCUACGGACACGGCGACGGCUCCGUGCUCCGCGAGGCGGUGGCCGUGGCGCAGCACCACGACGCCGUGAGCGGCACCGAGCGGCAGCACGUGGCCAACGACUACGCCAGGCAGCUGGCGGCCGGGUGGGCGGCCGGCCAGGUGCUGCUCUCCAACGCGCUGGCCGCUCUCAGCGGCACCAAGGAGGACUUCGUCUUCUGCCACGGCCUCAACAUCAGCGUGUGUCCCCUGACGGAGACGGCCGCGCGCUUCCUCGUGCUGCUCUACAACCCGCUGGGGCGCCGCGUGGCCUGGCCCGUGCGCCUGCCGGUGAACGGGGCCGCCUACGCGGUGACGGACCCAUCGGGCCGGCCCGUGGCCAGCGAGGUCGUCCCCGUGUCCCCCUUCACGCGCCAGCUGCGGGGCGACCAGGGCAACGCCACCGGGGAGCUCCUCUUCCAAGCCUGGCUGCCCGCCGUGGGCUUUGGCACCUUCGCGGUGACGCAGCUGGAGCCCGGGGAGCGCCCGGUGUCCCCGGGCCGGCCCCGACGCCCCCCGCAGCUCCUGGAGAUCYGCAAUGAGCAUGUCCGGGUGCUCUUCGACCCCGUCACCGGGCUCCUCAAGGAGAUCCAGAACCUGGACAAGGGCAUCGCGCUCCCCGUCUCCCAGAGCUUCUUCUGGUACAACGCGAGCACCGGGAACAACGACAACCAGCAGGCAUCGGGCGCCUACAUCUUCCGUCCCAACAGCUCGGAGCCCUUCCCGGUGUCGGGCUCCAAGCGGGUGCCCACGUACACRGUGAAGAACGCGCURGUGCAGGAGCUCUACCAGAACUUCUCCUCGUGGUGCUCCCAGGUGGUCCGUGUCCACGCCGGGCAGCCCUUCGUGGAGCUCGAGUGGACCGUGGGGCCCGUGCCCGUGGCGGACGGCUGGGGCAAGGAGGUCAUCAGCCGCUUCGCGACGCCGCUGCGCACGGGCGCCCGCUUCUACACGGACUCCAACGGGCGCCAGAUCCUGGAGCGCAGGCGCGACCACCGGCCCACGUGGAACCUGACCCAGACGGAGCCCGUGGCCGGCAAUUACUAUCCCGUCAACAGCCGCAUCUACAUCAAGGACGGGAAGCUGCAGCUGACGGUGCUCACGGACCGCUCGCAGGGCGGCAGCAGCCUCCGCGACGGCGCCCUGGAGCUCAUGUUCUCGGCGCUGCGGCGGGAGCUGCCGCCCAACGUGCACCUGCUGACGCUGGCGCCCGGCGACGGCGACGGGGACACGGUCGUGCUGCGGCUCGAGCACCUCCUGGAGAAGGGCGAGAGCCUCAACGGCUCCCAGCCCGUCACCCUGGACCUGCUGGACCUCUUCUCCGCCUUCACCAUCACGGCGCUGCAGGAGAUGAACCUGGCGGCCGACGAGCGGCGCGAGGCCGUGAGGCGCCUCGUGUGGACCCCGGACACAGGUCCGGCGCCGCCGCGGCCGCCCCCGAAGCUCGAUCCCCGCCGCGUCACCCUGCAGCCCAUGGAGAUCCGGACCUUUGUGGCCACCGUGGAGUACGGGGAGGCUGCGGGCGGCCCCGCGGGCCGGUGA